GAAUCUCUGCUGUGACUGCACAGCGGCACCGAUCGACAUAAAAAUGAGAAAUCCCCUUGAAUCGCGAGACAAGAUGGAGUAUAGAGGCAUCCGAUGAGUGGGGUCUGUGCACUUUCAUUGGUGACCAGCCAGAAAGUACAGGGAAAGACAGGUGAGGCGCACCAGGGCAGUCGUAAAAGUCGAACGGAUGGGCGUGCGACGAGGUUGUGUCCAACGCGCGUAUUCCUCAGUGCCGUAGUGUCAAACUGUUCAUUAUCAUCGUGAGCAAAUCUUCCUGGUCCUCACCUGCGGUCCAACACGGCUAUUCUCUGCAUAAGUGUUCGUCAAAGGAAGAAUUAUAUUUUUCUGUGACGGUGGGAGAAAAAUAAAUCGUCUCACUACCUCAGCGCAUGGAGUUGUUUUGGUGUUGUGUUCAUCCACUGUGACGAUAUCAACACGCAAAUUAGAAAAAAUGCUCUAACAGAGGGAGGAAAGAUAAUUUUUCAUUGAGAGAAUUGAGGACACGAAGGAGAGCAGAAAUUAAUUCUGAAGAAGUGGAAUAAAAAUAAGAAGAAUAAAAUGACGACCAAGGACGAUCCACAAGCAGAGAGGAUAAGAAAAAUGUUUAGUUGGAGUAGUGGGUUAACGAGUGACACUCUAGGAGUCGGUACAGCCAACUCCAACUCAAUUAGCACAAUGCAAAAUCCAGAAACCAUAAUGGAGAACAAUAUAAUAAGUCAGAGCACAGUGUUAGCUACCCCUGGUUUAAACAAUGCCGCCUGGAAUCGUCAGCAGGCUGUCAGUGUGCGACAUGCAUUUAAAACAUAUGGUAGUAGCAAAAAUCCAAAUCACGUACUACAGAAUCUCAGCAUGACAGUCGCCAAAGGAUCAAUAUACGGUCUUCUCGGUGCUAGCGGCUGCGGAAAAACCACUCUGUUGUCAUGUUUGGUGGGACGAAGACGACUCAAUUCUGGUGAAAUUUGGGUGCUUGGGGGUAAGCCCGGCACCAAGGGCUCUGGAGUCCCUGGGAAAAGGGUAGGGUAUAUGCCACAGGAAAUUGCCCUUUAUGGCGAAUUUACUAUUCGAGAGACCAUGAUGUAUUUUGGAUGGAUUUUUGGAAUGGAGACACCUGAGAUCGUCGAGAGGUUGAGGUUUUUAUUACAAUUUUUGGAUCUGCCUUCACAGAACAGAAUGGUUAAAAAUCUCAGUGGAGGACAACAAAGACGAGUAUCCUUUGCUGUGGCCCUCAUGCACGAUCCAGAGCUUCUCAUUCUCGAUGAGCCCACCGUUGGUGUGGAUCCCCUUCUCAGACAGAGUAUCUGGAAUCAUUUGGUACAAAUUACGAAGGACGGAAACAAAACUGUCAUCAUUACAACUCAUUAUAUCGAGGAAGCGAGACAAGCGCAUACGAUUGGACUCAUGAGAAGUGGAAGAUUACUUGCCGAGGAGUCACCUAGGGCACUUCUGACGAUGUAUAAUUGUCCAUCUCUUGAGGAAGUGUUCUUGAAAUUGUCAAGGAAACAGACUAAUAAUCAACCUAAUACAGAGUUCAAUAUUUCGAAUAAUAUUAGUUUGCCAAACCAAGAAACCGAGUCCGCGCCGGAGAACGAGGCAUCAUUGAACUGGGGAAAGAAGGACGAGCCGGUUUACGUUACAGAAGAGUCUGGCGUUGUCGGCCUCAACUUCCAUCAGAGCAAAGAAGUCCUCAUCCAUGACACAACAAAUGGUAUUGGCAGUCAUUAUGACUUGAAUGGCAAGCCGCUCCCAGGAGUCAGAGAGACCGCGACAGUCGAGUGCGAUGACUGCAACUUUCCGGGAUGUCUCGCUGAUAUCACUAGCACAGGAAAAAUAAAGGCACUCCUUCAAAAGAACUUCCUCAGAAUGUGGAGGAAUGUAGGGGUGAUGUUAUUCAUAUUCGCUUUACCAGUAAUGCAAGUCAUUCUCUUCUGUCUGGCUAUCGGAAGAGAUCCAACUGGUUUAAAACUCGCAAUAGUCAAUCAUGAGAUGGAUUGGGAUACAAAGUAUUGUCCAGUGUACUCAAAUUGUAGUUUCACCCAUCUUAGCUGUCGAUAUCUCAAUUUUUUGGACGGUGAAACAAUGGAAACCGAGUAUUUCCGGACAAAAGAUGAGGCUCUGAAUGCAGUGGAGAGAGGAAGGGCGUGGGGAACUCUCUAUUUUACAGAAAAUUUUACGGACGCUUUGUCCGCUAGAAUGAUUUUAGGAAGAGAUGCCGAUGAGGAAACGUUAGAACAGAGUGAAAUCAAGGUUUGGCUCGAUAUGUCCAACCAACAGAUCGGUCUAAUGUUGGCUAGAGAUUUGCAGUAUAGCUACAGAGAUUUUGCCAAGGAUCUUUUAGGUGCUUGUGAACAAAAUACUGCACUUGCUGAUGUGCCGAUACAGUUUUUGAAGCCCAUCUAUGGCUCUAAUGAUCCUAGCUUCACAGACUUCGUUGCGCCUGGUGUUAUUCUAACAAUCGUGUUCUUCUUAGCCGUUGCUCUCACCUCUUCUGCUCUGAUCAUUGAACGAAUGGAGGGUUUACUGGACAGAAGUUGGGUGGCAGGUGUUUCGCCAGGAGAAAUUCUCUUCUCCCACGUAAUUACCCAAUUUAUUGUCAUGUGCGGUCAGACAGCUCUGGUGCUCAUCUUUAUGAUUCUGGUCUUUGGGGUCCAGUGCAAUGGUGACAUCGGUUGGGUCAUUCUGCUCACUAUUCUCCAGGGCCUUUGCGGCAUGUGCUUCGGAUUUGUCAUAUCUGCUAUCUGCGAACUCGAGAGGAAUGCCAUUCAGCUCGCUUUGGGGAGCUUUUAUCCUACACUUUUGCUUAGCGGUGUCAUCUGGCCAGUGGAAGGGAUGCCCACGGCCCUCCGCUAUAUUUCCCAAGGUCUUCCCCUAACAAUGGCAACAACCUCCCUCCGAUCGAUGCUCACUCGGGGUUGGACCAUAAACGAACCAGAUGUAUACAAUGGUUUUAUAUCGACCAUUAUCUGGAUCGCUGUGUUUCUAACGAUAAGCAUGCUGGUUUUAAAGUUUAAACGAGGAUAACGAUAAAGCCCGAAUCCCACAGGACCAUCAUUGUCCAUGUACAGAAUUUAUUUUUAAUAUAAAAAAACUAAGAAAAAGAAAAAUACGGGCAAAUUGGAGACUCAAAUUGAGGAGUGUAAAUCCUCAAUGAAACAUUCCUCAGGCGAAAUCAGGGAAUUUCGUAAUUUUAUGUAAUGACAGUUGGUGCUUCAAGUUGAAGAGUCAAGGAUGAUUUUUGAACGUCUCUUGUGGUCGCUAGUUAAUUUCAAACUCAAUAUUCAUUACCAAUAUAAUAAUAAUGGAUCACGUUGUUAAAAGUUAAUUUUGUGGGAACAAUUAAUGACAAACAUUGUCAGUUAUCAUUAUUAUCAUUUGGUAGAUUGAACUGAUUGAGUUUAUAAUAUCUCAAAAAUGUACAGAAGACUCUGGGAUUUUGUAAUGAAUUUUUAAUUUCAUUCGACGUUCAUUGUAGCAAUUGCUCAGAUGAAAUUUUCGAUUCGGAAAUUAUUCUUGUGAGAUUUUUGUUGUAUAUGUCAUUCAUUAUUUGGGGAACUAGUGCAUAUGAAUUGAGAUUCCUCUUUCAUUCAUUGGGACAUUUUUUAAUGAUUGAAAUUGAUAUUUCUUCGAGUAUCCCGUGUAAUAUCCAAAUUAUCGGUGUUUAUUUCUCGAGAAUUUUCAUGUUGCACGAGAUAAAUUGGGCUUAACUCAGUUAUAAACUGGUAAAGAAGAUCAAGUCAAGCCUUAUCAUCGUGUCAAGUUAGAGAUGGAGGAUAAAAUCUGUUUCAUGAGGUAGAAUAAUUUCUACUAGGAAACACACUGCAGAAUGGUCUCUUUCACUCUACAUCUUAUUUAAAUUUUCACAGAAAUUCAAAAUUUAUUUUGUCAAUAUUUGGAUAAUCGUAGAAUGAACAAAGAUCGUUUGGCAAAAUUUGAAUUCCACCUGUUUUCGCUCAGAAAUCUGCAAUCGUUGUUAAUUUAUCAAUUAUUUCAAGAAUAGCUGGCUUUAGAGUAAAACGUUUUAAAAGUUUUCAUUAAAACAAGGAAAAUUUAUUAAUGGAAAACGUCUGUCGAUAACGUCUGUUCCUCUAGCAGUUCCUUGUUAACGAGGCAUUUUCAUAAUUAUGCAAAUAUGUUGCAUGAAAUUGAAUCGUUUUAUUAAUUCACUAAUGGAUUAAGUUUUAAGUGGGAAGUUUAUUGCUCAGGACAAUUGGUCCGUGACUCGGUUGAUCCUUUGUUAUUAUUUUUCAUGAUUUUUUCAGUACUCGUGGUGUAAUUCUUCACAAAAGAUAUAAAAGAGAACUGUAAUUAGUAUUUUUUUUAUAAUUAUAAGAUAGGCGUUAGGUGGUAGCUUAGGACAAUUCUACUUGCCCAUGACUUAAAUGUACGUUUAUUUAAAUUGUAGUGAUGAUUGAAGAUUAUAUGGGAACAUGUUUUGAAAUGAUUGAAUUGAAAAUAUUGAGAUAUAUUUGAAAAAGCACCGUUGUGAUUCUUGUAUAAAUUUUCAUUUGAAAUAUAUUGCGUGCAGAGAUACGAGAGAUUAAUGGUUCAUGGAGAGAUUAGACGGUAUUGUGCUUCGGAUUCAAGCCAAGAAAUAUUUUCUUCAAUUUUGGCCUUCCAGUAAUCUGAAAAGAAUUAGAAAAAUAUUUGUAAUUUCAAAAAAAAAACUCUCUUGGAUGAAAGAGAAUGAAGACAAAUGAAGAACAAAAACCAUUUUUAAGGUUGAAUUUUUUUAACAAAAUUAUCGUAGAAUUCAAUCGGGCUAAAGCAAUAAUUUUAAUGUGAAAUUUUCCCACAUUCCUGAAAAUAUUACUGUGUUAGUACUUAAAUUUCACUAAUUGUACCAUGUGUAAAUGAGCGAAUGCGCCAAUUCUGUGUAUAUAAACAAUUUUCUCCAUA